GAAACUAAGUUACAAUUCACUCCGAAAUCGUCUCUGUGCUGUGUGAUCUUGGAUAGCAGCAUUGAACUUUAAAUUCACACAGGUCAGUAAAAUGGCAACUAUCGCUCGUAAUCUUCGGCCGUAUUUAAAAUAUGUACGUAACCAAAUCAGAACUUACGCCGAUGCACCUACUAGCGAUGAAAUGAAAUUCACAUUUGCUGGUGCGAAUCAGGUAUUUUAUGAUAAAAGUGUCAUUCGACAAGUAGAUGUUCCAUCAUUCUCUGGUUCCUUUGGUAUUUUACCAAAACAUGUACCCACUCUAGCUGUUUUAAAACCAGGUGUUGUUACAGUUUAUGAAGAAGAUGGUAAUACUAAAAAAGUAUUUGUUUCUUCCGGUACGGUAACCAUAAAUGAAGAUAAUAGCGUACAGAUUUUAGCGGAAGAAGCACAUCUUGUAGAAAACCUGGAUGGUUCUGCGGCAAGAGAAAUUCUUAGUAAAGCUCAACAACAACUUUCUUCUGCAUCGUCGGACAAAGAUAAAGCUGAAGCAGCUAUCGCUGUCGAAGUUGGAGAAGCUCUUGUGCAAGCAACACAAUAAGUAUUAAAAAUUGCUGAAUUGUUUGCUAUUAAUAAAAUCUUAGAUACAAGUAUUUGACAUACAAUUACAAUUAUCUUAUAAUUGCUGUAUAAAAUGCAGUACAAAUAAAAUCUUAUAUUAAGAUCA